UUGAUAGCGAUAGUAGUGUGAACUGUUCCGAAGAAAUAACAUAUGACGGAGUAAUUGAAUCUUGUACGUAGACGCGAAUAAUCCGCUAAAAUGACGACUCUCACAGCGAUUCCGCUAAUUUCACGACUAUCAAGUAGAGUUAUUAGGAUUUUAGGAUGCAAUCCUGGACCGAUGACACUUCAGGGCACAAAUACUUAUCUCGUUGGCACCGGCAACAAGCGAGUACUAAUAGAUUCUGGAGAUGAAGACACAUCGAGCGAAUACACGAAAAUAUUAAAAGACGUUCUCGUUGAAGAGAAUGCAACGAUUGAGCAUUUAAUAGUGACGCAUUGGCAUUGUGAUCACAUUGGCGGAGUAUCUGCAGUUCAAAAGCUGCUUCAAUUGAAUGAUCCCAAAUCCAGUCCUCCUACAGUUUGGAAGUUUCCGAGAUCAUCUGAUGAUCUAUACGACGAAGACGUAGAGAAAUCUCUUGCGGUUUGGACUCCCCUGAUGGAUAAUCAACGUAUAGAAAUCGAAGGAGCAAAGCUGAAAGUGUCGCACACCCCUGGACACACAACAGAUCACGUUUGUCUCAUAUUAGAAGAGGAAAAUGCACUGUUCAGUGGCGACUGUAUUCUUGGAGAAACUACAGCCGUUUUUGAAAAUUUAUAUGAUUACAUAUUGUCGCUAAAAAAAAUUCUUGGCGAAAAUUCUACGUUGAUCUAUCCAGGCCAUGGCCCAGUGGUUUCAGAUCCCAAUAAGAAGAUUCAAGCAUACAUAGACCACAGAAAAAAAAGAGAAGAACAAAUUUUAACCUUCUUAAAAAAUAAAAGAAAUCAAGAGCCUAGCGACGUGAUGGAGAUUGUUGAAUCUAUGUACCAGGAUACGCCGAAAAAUCUCUGGCUUGCAGCUGCUAAUAAUGUAAAUCAUCAUUUAGAAAAGCUUUUGAAAGAGAAAAAAGUAUCUUUCGAAAAUGAUAAGUGGUCAGUAGUUCAUCAUAGCUAAUUAUUCAAAAUA